AUGGUCAAUGAACCGGUUAUCUCCUCCAAAAAAUGGAUCCAAUGCACGUUAUUGAUUAGGUGUUCGAUUAAAAAACUUAGUGAAAGCAUAGACUAUUAUCAAGAAAUUGAAAAUGCAACCUGGAUGUUAACCGUGUUCAGCUGUUUCGGGCAGUAUUUAUGUCUCCACUUUGAGUCCAGAGUCAAGUUUUCAAGCCCAAAGAUCAAAGGUCAACUGCAAUUUUGGAUGUGUUUAGGAAAUUGA